GUGUUACUGGAAAGGGGUACCAAUCCAGAUCUCAAGAGAGGGUUCUUGGAUCUUGUGCAAGAAAGAAUUCACGGUCUGACCCUUGGGAAGAAUCCAGCACGAGGUAGGAGUGAAGAAAGGAGAAUGUAGAGGAAGACAGUUUUAUUCCCUUUGUGAUCAAGAGGUUAGGUCGCUUGUGGCAUUCUGGAUAUGGAUGUAGACUUCAUUUUUAUUGAUUUAAACUCUCUAAAUCCAUGUAGAAUAAGCGUAAUUGUAAACCCACUGGCACAAGCUACUGAGAAAGGCUGUGUAGUCAUAGCCUGUGGAUACCUCUGAGAAGAAGUUCAGUCAGCACUUACCCAUCCCGGGUGCUUUGAUAUUAUGCAUGAGUCAAGGUAGGGAAGUGGUUUGGAGAGAGACUUCCCCUGGAUACCUGGGAACUCGGUGACUUUAUGAGUUCAUUGCAGUGAGGGGGCAUUGGGACCAGCAUAAUGGGCUGGAAGCUGGACAGUUGGGUCUGAGGACUGGUUCUGCACUCGCCUGAUUGAGACCACAGACAAGUCUCAUAACCUCUCCAGGGCGCCCCUUCUUCAUCUGUGAAUUGAUGACCACUAAAGAUGAUAAUGGAAAUAAUGCUUCUCUUCCAAGGAAGCUGCAAAUAUUAAAUAACUUAAUAUGUGUGGAGAUGCUUUAUCAUCCGUAAAGCAUGCUACGACUGUGAAGCUGAAAUGCUCCACAUGUGAGGGGCUGUGCUACCCCAGUGCUUAGAAGAAUGCCACAGGCAGAGGAUGCCCUCAACAGGAAAACAUUUAUAAUGAUAUUUUACAGUCAUACAAAGAAAAGUAUCAUUAUUGUUCCGAUGCAGGAUAGAAACAUUUAAAAAUGUUUUUAUUUGCAUCACAGACCUCUGAAUAUCUGAUAAAACCAUGAAUCUUUUCUUUCUCUUAAAACACACACACACACACACACCCCACACACAGAGCAAACAGCAAAAAUAAACCAUGCUAAUACAUUCAUUCAGUAAUGCUUUACAUACAAUUUCUGGGGGCUCAUACUUUCUCUUAGCUCAUAGCUUAAGAAAAUGCCUGACCUAGAGACUGGUGCAGGCUUGUACUCUCUGACUGUAGUCUAGGAGAGAAAUAGACUGCAUAGAAGAAUGAACAAAAUAACAAUGUUUAGCAUCUGCCUGAGAAAAAUGCUACAGAGAACAUCUCUGGAAUUCUAAUAGAUUCCUACAGCCCUCUUGAAAAAACAGUUUAUAUCUGAUGUUAACUAGUCUAAGUUAAAAAUGUGCUCAGGCUAAAGAAAGUGUCUGCCCCACACAUGUGGCCACCCUUCAGCUCACUGAUGCUUUUGUGCAAAAAGUCGUGGUCCGGAUAUCUGAAUCCUCCUCCUGCCUCCACAAUGGGCUGCUAUCCGGUAACGGCUGUGAGGUCCCAUUACCGCAGGGCGAGGCUCUUCCAGGACGCUCAGAUGCCUGCUCAGAGCUCAGCUUAUCGGGGGGAUCUGCGAGCUCCUGUCAACGCCCUGGUGUGUCCACCCUGGCCCAUCUUGGGGGACUAGAUUUUACCCUGAGCAACACAUGAUUUUUGGGUAAGGGCUGUCCGUGCUAAGUAGAAUUUCAUUUUGGAUUCAGAGAAUUCAGAACCGGAGUCAGCUCAGCCCAGGUGGAAAUGUAAAAAUUCACACCAAGAUCAACUCAAACUCAGUGAGACCAUGGCCAGCGAUGGAAAGUGAAAAGGAAAGAAAAUAACUGAGCAGGCAAAGCUCUGUCCCACUUUCUUCAUCCAGCUGGGGCCUUCCACGGGAGAGCACAGAAGGUAUUUGCACCCAAUGCUUCAUAAAGCCAGCCAGGGCACUCAUUUUUAAGCUCACAGUGCGCCACCUUCUAUCUUCGGGUUGUUUAUGGCCUCUUGGUUAUAGGAUGUAAACAUCCCCCAUGGGAGAUGUGCAGGUUACCCACCUGAUCAAGCCAGUACUCCCUGGGAUCCCAGAGAUCAGAGGCCUCCUGGAAGGCAGAUGGUGCGAGGCCUGGAUGUCGGCUCCUCUCCCCGCAUCUAGAUCAAGUGGCGGCAGCACAGGCAGCUGGAAGGUACCCACAGAAAGAAAUCGAGCACUAUGUUCAGAAAGAUCCACUCCAUCUUUAACUCCAGCCCACAGAGAAAGACGGCGGCCGAGAGCCCCUUCUACGAAGGAGCCAGCCCUGCAGUGAAGCUGAUUCGAAGCAGUUCCAUGUAUGUGGUCGGGGACCACGGGGAGAAAUUCAGCGAGUCCUUAAAGAAGUACAAAAGCACCAGUAGCAUGGACACCAGCCUGUACUACCUGCGGCAGGAGGAGGACCGGGCGUGGAUGUAUUCGCGCACCCAGGACUGCCUGCAGUACCUGCAGGAGCUGCUGGCCUUGCGCAAAAAAUAUCUCAGCAGCUUCAGUGAUCUGAAGCCCCACCGCACCCAGGGGAUUUCCUCAACCUCCUCCAAAUCCUCCAAGGGAGGGAAAAAGACUCCUGUCCGGUCUACUCCCAAAGAAAUAAAGAAAGCAACCCCAAAGAAAUACUCACAGUUCAGUGCCGAUGUGGCCGAGGCCAUUGCCUUCUUUGACUCCAUCAUUGCAGAGCUGGAUACAGAGAGACGACCCCGGGCUGCUGAGGCCAGCCUGCCAAAUGAAGAUGUGGACUUUGACGUGGCCACCAGCUCCAGGGAGCACAGCUUGCAUUCUAACUGGAUCCUGCGGGCACCACGCAGACACUCCGAGGAUAUCGCUGCCCACACUGUGCAUACUGUAGAUGGCCAGUUUCGAAGGAGCACUGAGCGCAGGACCGUGGGCACUCAGAGGAGACUCGAGAGGCACCCCAUUUAUUUGCCCAAGGCUGUGGAAGGGGCCUUCAACACCUGGAAAUUUAAGCCCAAAGCCUGCAAAAAAGACCUGGGGAGCUCCAGACAGAUCCUUUUCAACUUCUCAGGAGAAGAUAUGGAGUGGGAUGCAGAGCUCUUUGCGUUGGAGCCCCAGUUGUCUCCUGGGGAGGACUACUAUGAGACAGAGAACCCCAAAGGACAGUGGCUGCUUCGAGAAAGACUUUGGGAGCGGACGGUGCCCUGACUCCAUCUGGAUUCCUUGACGUGUCUCAGACUGGGUCCCUGAGAAGCUGUCCGCUUUCAGCGCAGCAUGAGGUAUUUGGUAGAGUUGAAAAUGCAAAUUGUAACACAGUCAACCCACUCAGCACACUGCCUGCUGGUGCCAUGCUAGUGCCAAACAGACCUGUGGCUUCCCAGGGGACAGGUCUCAGGACACUCUCAGAGCUUGAGUUUCUCUGCGUGGGCUGAUGACCAGGGACUUACAGCCUGGCUGGUCUUCAAGAGCUGAAGGAAUGGAAGGUCUUGAGUGGAGUGUCUGGGCUCACUCCCCUGACCUCACCUGGCCUGGUCCUCAUUCUCCACGUGUCUGUCCAGGUGGCUGCUAGCAAUGUGCUCAGUACCAGAAAUGAACUCACCUGUAGAUUUCUGGGUCAAAGCUUCAAAGAGGUAGCUCCUCUUUCUAUGAGGCUCAGAGACAUGCUGGAUCUGCACUGAGGUUGCCGUCUUGUGUGCAGAAUGCAGUUGAGAAAGCAGCUCCCUUUGCUCUAACUCUUUUCAGAGUUUUCCAGAAACUCCUGCUGCAUUAAGCUAAGACGAGGCUAAUGCCCUGGCAAUGGGGUGAGGGAAGGGGUAUGUCACGAGCCUGCCUGGGGGCCACACUGUUUCCUCAGGCCCCAAAACUCAGCUCCCCUUCACAUAGGCAAUUGACAAGAGAAGAAGGGAGAUGGGGUGAUUCUUUUCUUUUUCUUCUAAUUCUUACCUAGAAAAAUCUUUUUAAAUAUCCAUGGAACCAGUUUAUGACAGGCCACACCUUUCCCUUUCCCCAGUUAAGAGAACAAUCAGAAUCAUUACGUUCUUUUGGUAUAGAAAGGAUUUCUGUAUUUUAGGAACUAUCUGAGUCAGAAUUACAUUUAAAAUAUAUUCUUUGUAUUUCUAAAUACUUUUUACAUUUUUGCAAUAGUUGUACCCAUUCAAGCUUGAGAACCACUGGUUUGGAGAAUAUACUGAAAUUUAUUGUCACUUCUUUUUUUGGCAUUUUCUUGUAAACCAGUCUGUGCAUGUAUAAGAGCCUUUGGGCAGAAGGAAGGGAGAGAGACAAAAAACAGAAAACAAAACAAAACAAAGAAAACCACAAUCAUUUGAAUUAAGCCAAGGAUGUUCUAGGCUAAGGUCAGGCUAAGAACUGAACAGAGGCUUCCUUUCUGCCAUGCCUGUGGGAUGAUAUUCUUAUUGUUCCAUUUUUUAGGAAGAACCUUUUGUUUAUGCGAACCUGAUCAUAUGAAUCUAAGAAUAUGUAACUCUUAGAAAUAAAAAACAGCUAGUAAUUAUAUUGCAUUCUUAGAAAUUUUAUCUCAACAUGUUUUCAGAAUGAAACCAUACUAGAAAUGUUUUAAUACCUCUCUUUAUUAUUUUUCGAGUGCCAAUGUCAAUGUUUGGAAAGUUUCUUUCAUUUUGUUGCUUGUACUAACCCAGCUAUAGCCAGAAGCUUGACUGGAAAGUAAAUGUUUAGGAGAUUUGUUUUAUAAACUGCAUUAAAGCACUGCCAUUUAUCACCACAGAUCUUUUCUUUUCCCUAAAUGUGGCCUUGUUUGAAGCCUCAUCUAUAAAAGUUCAUUGUUGGGGAUAAACUCAGGAUAAAGGUGUUUUUACUCUGCCUCUUAUCAAACUACAGUUUAUCAUAGAUCCACCCUGAAAUUAUGUGGUGAAGAUACUGUGUACAUUUUGUUUUUAAAGAUAAGAAAAAAUAAACAUGACUGCGAGGA